AUGGCUUCCAGCGGAUCACCAGCCGAGGGGAGCAUGGACCUCUCGCAGACACCGGCGGCGAUGCCGCCGCCUGGAGUCACUCCGGAUUUCGACAGCCCAGACAACUACAAGCAUGAUAACAUUAUCCUGCAUUCAGUUGUUCUUUCGUUCACGACACUAGCUGUUCUAGUUCGUGUGUACACGCGUGCUGUGGUCAAGAAGAGCUUUGGUCUGGAUGACUCUACGACUUGGGGCUUUGGCAUGCACAUCUACGACAUCCGAGCAUCCGAAAUCAUCAACACCCUCAAGUGGCUCACCGUCUCCCAAAAGUCCUACUUCCCCCUGAUCCUGUCCAUCAAGCUCUCCAUACUCCUCGGGUACUUGCGGAUGUUCAAGACAGACAGAGGGACCAAGUGGGGCAUCUGGUUCGGCCUCGCGGCCUGCUCCAUCUUCUACCUCGUCACGUUCUUCAUGGACGUGUUCCGCUGCACGCCGGUCGCGGCGGCGUGGAACCCGACUGUCAACGGGAAGUGCAUGAGCUACGCAGCGUUCCCGUGGGCCACGGGCGUCUUCAACGUGAUUUCUGACUUCUACGUCUUGUUGCUCCCCUUGCCGAUCAUCUUCAAGAUGCAUAUGCCCUUGGCUCGACGGCUGAGAAUAGCGUCGAUCUUUGGUCUUGGCACAUUCACCUGUAUCGCAAGUAUCAUGCGGUUUGUUAUAUCGAUCGAGUAUGCGAAUGACCCUGACCAGACCUACGUGGCGGCCAAAGUGCUCUAUUGGACCGUCCUGGAAGCCAACAUCGGUCUGAUCUGCGGCUGCGCCACCGCAUUUCCCGCCUUUUUCGACGCAUCCGCCCCGAGGUCCUUUGGAUCCCUGGUCGGAAGUCUCCUGGCGAAAGCCUCCGCAUCCCAGACGCAUAUACCCUCGCUGCCUGUAAGCAACAAGGAUGCCGAGGGAAGCUUCCGCCUUAGCGAUGAGGACAGGCGUGGCCACGGGAAGAGCAGAUGGGCCAACCUCUCGCGUCCGAGCAAGCAGAACCUAUACAAUGAGAGAGUGGAAGAACGCAACGUGGGCGUAUGA